AUGUGGACAUCAAUUCUUCUCGCUGUCGCGCCGUAUUUGGCUGAUGCGGCAAAGAGCACUACCAAAUACUCUACUGAAACUGUCUUUUUACCCCAGAGAAAAACUGGAAGUGCGACGAAUAUUUACGCCUCCCUUAUUACAGAAACCGGCUCAAAGACGGAAUAUCUCCUCGCUUGUCAGACAAACUUCGGUACUUCAUACUCCUGCGAUGGAGACUUUCACGGAAUUACCGUGACUUAUGAAGAGUCGAGCAUGAAUCUUGCCGUCAGCUCAACGACAUACGAUUGCUCCCUAGGCUCAGGCUCAGCUGUUUGCGCGACUAUUACUGCUACUCAGACUGAGUCCGUGGAGUCGCGAACUAUUCCUUCGUCGGAGAGUGAACGCUGGAUGACGCCUAUUACUUUUGUUGACCUUAAGAAGAGAAAGACCACGAGUACCAAAUCAACGGCUAAAGCAACGGAGACGGCGAGUAAUAAGCUUUGCAAGAGAAAGACUCCCCAUGGUAGUUCGGACUCUGGGGACAGUGGAAGCAGCGGAAGUAGUGGCAGCGGUAGUGACGACAGCAGUGGUUCUAGCAGCGGUUCCAAGAGCGGUUCUGGAUCUGCUGCCGAUGAUGAUGACGAUAGUGGCAGUUCAUCCGCGAGCCCUACCAAGAAGAAGAAGAACGACGAUGAUGGGUGCUCGGCUGGGUCUAUUGCCUCUUGGAGCUGGGGAGUUAUGGCUGUUGGACUGGGUGGUUUCCUUGGCGUAAACAUGGCAUAA